CAAAGCGCAGGUAGCAUUAGCAUUAGCUCCCGCCAGCUCCACGGAGGCAACAGAAGGUUCUAAGUUUUUAAGGUCGUUAUUUUCGAAGAUGAAAUAAUAAUCGCCACCUGGGUGACGUCAUCAGCGGGAACAUUUAUUGCCGACAAGAAUCAGGAGGAGGAACAUCUCUGUGAGCAGAACCUCUGUAACCGGGACAGGAGGUCCGGUCUGGACCGGGAGAGGAACCUCAGUCUGGACCGGGAGAGGAACCUCAGUCUGGACCGGGAGAGGGGGUCCGGUCUGGACCGGGAGAGGGGGUCCGGUCUGGACUGGGAGAGGGGGUCCAGUCUGGACCGGGAGAGGAGCUCCGGUCUGGACCGGGAGAGGGGGUCCAGUCUGGACCGGGAGAGGAGCUCCGGUCUGGACCGGGAGAGGAGCUCCGGUCUGGACCGGGAGGAACCAGAACCUCCACAGAUGAAAGAAGAACAACAGGAAGUCUGCAGCAGUCGGGAGGGGGACCAGCUGGUUCUGAAGCAGGAGGCUGACGGGCUUCAGUCCGACUGCAGUGAAAGACUCCAGAACCAAAAGGACCCGGUCCAGAGCGAGGAAGACGGGGAUCUUCAGCGCAGACUGCAGGAAAUGGAAAUUAAGUUGCACAUUAUAGAUUUCCCGCUCCAACAAGUCUGUAAAGAGGAGCAGCUCCGUCAACAGGAUCCCAACGCUCCGACCCCGGAGGGACCAGAACUCCCUCGGGUCAAAGAGGAGCUGGAGGAGCUGCCCGCCAGUCUGGAGGAGGAGCAUCUGCCCCUGAAGCAGGAGCCCAGCGAUGUCGUUGUGACUCCUGAAGGUGCUGCGUCCGAGAGCGAAGACCCGGGAUCAAAACAAACCGUUGCAGCUAAGAAGUUUGUGAACUGUGAAUUUUGCGGAAAAGCCUUCAAGAACAACUCCCAGAAGAGGCGGCAUCUCCGGAUCCACACGGGAGAGAAGCCGUACGUCUGCAAAACCUGCGGCAAAAGCUUCGGCCGAAAGAGUUACCUGAUGGGCCACCUGAGGACACACACGGGCGAGAAGCCGUACUCCUGCGAGACGUGCGGCAAGAGCUUCAGCCAGAGGGGGAAUCUGACGGUUCACGCAAAGAAGCAUGGCAGCGGGAGCUCCUACUCCUGUGACACAUGCGGGAAAGGCUUCCGGAAGCUGGACGGGCUGGCCGCCCACAUGAGGACGCACGCCGGCGAGAAGCCCUACUUCUGUCAAACGUGCGGGAAAGGCUUCAACAGGGUUGUCGGUUUGAACAUUCACAUGAGGACCCACACGGGGGUGAAGCCGUACUCCUGCGAGACGUGCGGCCGGGGGUUCAACACCAACAGCAGCCUGAACAUCCACACGAGGAUCCACACGGGGGUGAAGCCGUACUCCUGCGAUGCCUGCGGGAAAGGCUUCAGCCGGAGCGGCGACUUGAUCGUCCACAUGCGGGUCCACACCGGCGCCAAGCCGUACUCCUGCAAAACCUGCGGCAAGGGCUUCAGCCAGAGCGCCAACCUGACGGCCCACGUGAGGACCCACACGGGCGAGAAGCCGUACGCCUGCCAGAGGUGCGGGAAGAGCUUCAGCCAGAGCCGGGACCUGACGGCCCACUCCAGGAUCCACACCGGGCUGAAGCCGUACUCCUGCGAGACCUGCGGGAAGGGGUUCAACCAGAGCAGGGACCUGACGGCCCACAGGAAAACCCAGACCUGUGACGGAACGUUUCCUGCCAAACAUGCGGCAAAGGUUUUGAUAAAAGCAGCAAGCUGACGGUUCACACGAGAAUCGAAACGUUUGAAAGCUUCAAUCUGUGAAAUCGUUCAGAGUCACCUUUUACCUGCUGAUGGCUCAUGCAUACUCCUUUUCCACCAAACCGGUUCCAGGCUGGUUCUGGUUGUGGGCCAGUGCUGAGUUUGGAACCGGACUUUCUGUUUCCACUGACAAAGAAAUGGCUCCAGGCCAGAAGAACCGGUUCCAAGGUAGCACCAACUCUUUGCUGGACUAGAUGAAAGAACCGCUUACGUAAGCGGAGGGGGGUGGAGUUAAGACCAACAGCAACAGCAAGACUGGGAGACGGAGACAUUUUCAAAUAAGAAUGAAUCUGGAUGCAGCAAAGCAUCAUGAGUCUGAGGAGGAGACAACCUGUUAGGGGUGGGUAAAAAUAUCGAAAAAUCGAUGCAUCGCAAUUAUCCCCGCCCUAAUUCAAUAUCGAUUAAGCAAAGCCUCUGAAUCGAUGCACCUCCUGGCCAGUGGGGGCGCUGUGCGCAACAUUUUCUUAUGAUUCGCGUUUUGUGGACGGUGGCUGCACGCGACCAAACAACAAUAAAAUGGCGACGAUGGCAAGCGGAAAAUCUUUCAGAUCAGACGUUUUGGACUCAUUUUGAAUUCUCAUUUAAAGAAGGAACACGAGAAACGGACAAAAGUAUGGAGAUGUGUAAAGCCCCUUUCACGAAGAGGGCACCAAUCGCAGACUGCCGCCGGCUUUCCCAUUCAUGUAUGUGCUACCGCGGCGCAAGAGUGGACCGCUCUGCCGCCGAGCUCUGCGGCGCGCAGGGGGGCACCUGCCGCGGCUGAAUUGAAAAUUUUUUAAAUUCCACCGUGCCGCGUUGUGAGAAAGUUGUGUCCAAUAGGAGAGAAGGUGGUGGAGGCUCUGCGUCGAGUCAGUACU